CCAAAGGGGUACAUCUUGCUCUCUUUUGUUCUGCAGUGGCUCAUUAUAGCACGACACGGGUGAAAGGGGUACACUCCCAUUCCCAUUGUUGCCGCUGAUCGCCAUCACGUCUCAACAUUUAACGAACCAACUUCUCAUCAUCAUCCCUCCCCUCCAGAGUGAAAUUGCUUCCGUCGACGGUCGGAUUUAUGUCCCAGAAUCAAUCGAGGGCUGGAAAUCGCGAUUCUCACCCGCACAGGAAGACCGGAGGAGUCGGCGGCUCUAAUCAGUAUCGCGGCGGUAGAGAAGGAGGCGGCAGAGGCGGUGGCUCUGCCCCUGCUUACACUCCUUCGUCGCCAUCCAGCAGAAGCAACAAGAAGCAUAGCAAUGCCCAAGGGGGAUAUCAGACACCAAGUGAUUCAAGUGGGAGCACAGCUCGAGCAAUGCCAGAUGGUGCUAGGCUAGAACAAUCAUUAACUGGUGUUCCAAUUCAACCCUUAAGCACAUCUGUAAGUAUCCGCGAUGCCCCAAAGCAAAAAGUUAACCCAGGUGUACCAAGACCUCCAUCUUCCAAUGUCCCCACUGGUCCAGACUCUAAUGUACCAGCUACUCCUACUAAAGACGUUUCUGGGCCAAUCUCUCUUCAGUUUGGGUCAAUAAGUCCUAAUUUCAUGAACGGGAUGCAGGUUCCCGUUAGAACAAGUUCAGCGCCACCGAACGUGGAUGAGCAGAAUCGCAAUCAGGUUUUUGUUGACUCUGUGAAAGUCAUGCCUGCAUUGCCAAAUCCAUCCGCAUCUAGUCACCCACCUGAGAAGAUCGCAGAAAAGGUUGAACAGUCUAAUAACACUGAGGGCUUGGGUUCAGGUUCAGUUCAAUCCAGGUCCAAGAGAGAUGUGCCUGUUUCUUCUCCACCGACGCAAAUGCACAAACCUUAUCCUCAUCCUAUGACUGGAAUUCCUAGGCCCAUUCAAUUCCACACUGCUCAGCCACAGGUUCCGGUUCAAUAUGGGGGCCAUGCCCAAAGUCAACCCCAUACCUUGUCUGCCUCAUCUUUGCCCAUUCAAAUGACGGUUCCUCUGCUUGUAAAUCCAUCUUUACAGCAGCCAAUGUUUGUCACUGGUCUUCCAUCCCAUCAUCCCAUGCCACCUCAAGGAAUCUGGCAACAUGGACAAGGUUUAGGUUUUUCUACUUCGGGAAUAAAUCCGCACAUGCCCCCACCGUUGGGAAACAUGGGAAUGGCUAUUCCUUCACAGUUUCCUCAACAUCAGACUGCAAUGUAUGGAAGUCUUCGUAAAACUGUAAAGAUAAUUGACCCAAAAACUCAUGAAGAGUUAAGGCUUGAUGGAUCACAUCCCAGUAUACCACUCCAAUCACAGCCACUACCAUUCCAACCAGCCUCUAUUCACUAUUAUCCUAAUUCGUAUAAUAAUGGUUCGGUAAUUUUUCAAGCUCCAAACAAUUCACAGAUUUCUCAGGGAACAAGGCUUCAUAAUCAGGUUACAAUAAAACCGGGACCUGGCACAGUAGGGGAAAAGGACCAGGUGCCAGUAAAACAAUCUAUUAGGGGAAGAGAUGAGUUACCCUUGACAAGUACAUCCACAGGAAAAGAUUUUCAGAAACACUCAGAGUCACAUGAAGGUGGGGGCAGUGCUGAGGAGUCAGUCCUUGAUGUCAUCAAAGAGCAGCAGAAAAAACAAGAUAAUAAAGGACCUCUGGCUGUGCAGGAUCAGGUGGCAGAACUGCCUACUUCUGUUUCUGUUUCAGCUUCUCAUUCUGUUGAUGAUGUUAAUAUAAGGGAUUGUACUCUUAAUGAUAUUGAUUCUAAAGCUAAUGAUGUUGAAAGAGAGAGCUCUUCUGAAUCUCGUGAUAUCAAGAGUGAAGAUGGCAUAAGUACAGUGGCUGAAACAUUUAAUCAAUAUGACAAAGACGGAAAGUUGUGUAAUGCCAGUAUACACAGCACAAACAUUUCCAAGACUUAUCCAGCAUUCACUUGUUCAGAAUCUUCAGAGUUAACUAAUCAAACUGACGAGAGCUGUCUAGCGCAGGCUGCUAGUUCCAGCAAAACAGACGACAAUCAUGUAGAAACUGCUCAAGAAAAGGUCAAUGAAUGUGCUACAUGUUCCAGUGAGGCUGAUAGUUCUUUGUCUUCCAGUUUAAAUGCCAAUUCCAAUGGAGCAUUCUUGUCCAUAGGUUUAUCUACUCAAGAUCAGCAUUUAGUAACAUAUAGAUCUGAGGCUUCUUCUAAACCUAUAGAUGGAAACUCUGGCAAUAACCAUAAGGUUAUGGAUGAGAAGAAAGAAGACAUCAGACAUGUUGACAGUGUUGAGGGGGAAAAUAAUGAGGGUUUGAAUCCCUGCAGUGCAGAAGUGGUGGAAGAUGUUGUGUUAAUCAAAGAUGGUGCUCAUGCUAAAGCAGAGUCUGAUGAUAGGGAGGAUGCUGCCCGUGCUUCUAGGCAAAACCAGGGAACUUUCAAAAAGGAAAAUCAGGCUGUUUUGGAAUUCAAGAAGCAUGCUGAAGAUGGUGAUGAAAUGAGAGCAAAAAAGUACUCAAGAGAUUUUUUACUUAAAUUUGCAGACAAAUGUAAAAACCUCCCUGAAGCUUUUGAGAUUGCUGCUGAUUUUUCCGAGGCAUUAAUGGUUUCUGAUUUGGGAGCUUCUGUUGAACAGUACCAUAGUCCUGGCAGGAAUAUUGAUCACAGACGGCCUGGAGGGUUUAGGAUAGAACAUCACACCAGUGGCAUGGGACGCGAAGACAAGAGGAGUAAACUACCCGGACCUCUUAUGACUGGACGAGACACACAAGGAGGGAAUUUUGGGGGUAACAGAAGCAACUUUGCACCAACACCUCUUCAUUAUGGUGGGGGUUCCUACUUAGGGCCUGUUGGUGCUCAGGGAGGUGGUAUGCGACGAAAUGGUGUUGAUUCUGGCAGAUGGAUACAAGGGACUGCUUUCCAUAAGGGUCUUAUGCACUCUCCUCACACUCCAUCACAAGUGAUGCAUAAAGCUGAAAAGAAGUAUGAAGUUGGUAAGGUAACAGAUGAGGAGCAGGCGAAGCAAAGGCGAUUGAAAGCAAUUCUCAACAAGCUUACUCCUCAGAACUUUGAAAAGUUAUUCCAGCAAGUCAAAGAUGUCAAUAUUGACAAUGUGACUACACUUAGCGGUGUCAUUUCACAAAUUUUUGAUAAAGCUUUAAUGGAGCCCACUUUCUGCCAGAUGUAUGCCAACUUCUGUUUUCACCUUGCUGCCGAGCUUCCUGAAUUAACCAUAGACAAUGAAACAGUCACUUUCAAGAGAUUGCUUUUGAACAAGUGUCAGGAAGAAUUUGAGAGGGGUAAGCGAGAGGAAGAAGAGGCUAAUUUAAUUGACAGGGAAGGUGAGACAAAACUAUCAGAUGAGGAAAGAGAGGAGAAAAGAUUAAAAGCACGAAGAAGAAUGCUGGGCAACAUCAGACUGAUUGGGGAGUUGUACAAGAAGAAAAUGUUGACAGAGAGGAUAAUGCAUGAGUGCAUACAAAUUUUGCUUGGUGAGAGUGAGGGUCAGAACCUGGAUGAGGAAAAUAUCGAAGCUUUGUGUAAAUUAAUGAGCACGAUAGGAGAGGUGAUAGAUCAUGCAAAAGCCAAGGUUCACAUGGAUGCUUAUUUUGCUGGGAUGUCAAACUUGUCAAACAACAUGAAACUAUCUUCCCGGUUGCGGUUUAUGUUGAAAGAUGCAAUUGAUCUUAGGAAGAAUAAGUGGCAACAAAGGAGAAAAGUGGAUGGACCAAAAAAGAUUGAAGAAGUGCACAGAGAUGCAGCUCAAGAGAGGCUAACCCAAACUAGCAGGACUUCUUUUGGUAGAAGAAGCCAACAACUAGAGUAUUCACCUAGAGGUCCUAGCGUAUUGCCUUCUCCAAGCUCUCAGAUUGGUGGGUUCAGACCAAUAUCACCUAUGAGAAGGGAUUAUGGCAGCCAAGAUGCUCGUAUGGAUGAUAAAUAUACUUCCCAAAAUAGGCCAUUAUCACUUCCUCUAACCCAGAAAGGAAUUGGAGAUCAUAUUACACUUGGGCCUCAAGGUGGCCUUGCAAAGGGGUUGACCUUUAGGGCAACUGUUUCAAAAAUAUCUUCUGCGAGUAUACAGAGUGCUGGAAACUCCAAUAGAGUUGCAUCUAGUGUGGAUGAAUUUGAUCCUAUGCUUGAUCGAAUACCACGAGACUCAAGGGAGGAUGCCUUGCAGAGUUAUGUGCCAGAAAGGCUUUCCCGUCGUUAUGAUCAAACUGGUAAACAGGAUCAGAUUAUGCUUAAUGGAAAUAGAGAUCAAAGCCUUGAUACUUCUCUUCCCACGUCGCAUACAGUCCAAAAUGCUGUUCAAGAUAAAGCUGUGCCAGAAGAACGCUUGCAAGAGCUAUCAAUGUCUGCAAUAAAGGAAUUCUACAGUGCCAGAGAUGAGAAGGAGAUUGCUUUAUGCGUGAAAGAUUUGAAGACACCGAGCUUCCACUCUUCAAUGGUUUCUAUUUGGAUCACUGAUUCCUUUGAGAGGAAGGACAUGGAAAGAGCUCUACUAGAGAAACUUCUGGUCAAUUUAACAAAGUCUCAGGAUGUUAUCUUAACUCCAGAUCAGCUGAUUCAUGGGUUUGAAUGUGUCCUUGCGACCUUGGAGGACGCAGUGAAUGAUGCCCCAAGAGCAGCAGAGUUUCUCGGCCGCAUCUUUGCCAGAGCGGUGCUGGAAAGCAUUGUCCCCAUGGACCGGAUCGGGAUGCUCCUAUUGCAAGGAGGGGAAGAGGAAAGGCGCCUCGUCGAAACGGGGCUUGCGGCCGAUGUUCUUGGGACCACCUUGGAUACUAUAAAAUCCGACAAGGGCGAUUCUUCGUUGGAUGAAUUGCUUAGAACCUCUAACCUGCUGCUACACGACUUCCGCCCCCCAGGUUCGAAAAAUAAAUCCAAAUUGGACAAAUUUCUCAUUCCAUAGGGGCACUAUAAUAUAUAUAUAUAUAUAUAUAUAUAUAUAUAUAUAUAUAUAUAUAUAUAUAUAUAUAUAUAUAUAUAUAUAUAUAUAUAUUCUUUGGGUGAAUAGAGCUAAGAGUAUUCUUAUUUUGCUUUCAAGAAAAAUAAUAAUAAUAAUAAUAAUAGUAAUAAUAAGAAUAAUAGUUUUGGAAGGUGUUUGCUGCAAUAGAUAGAUAUAUACCACUUGGAUGACAAAUAUUGUUAUUAUUUAUAUAUGGUAUAUUAUCUAACGAGCUUGAUCAUGGUGUGCUGUGACAUGCCUAAAUGUACGUACAUCAUCGGCUUCCUGGCCACGUG